AUGGUUGCAUCGCUAGGGUUAGUAGGACGUCGCGUUCUAUUUUUAGGGCGCCUAAACGUUGCCAGAGAUUAUCUUCCAGGUAUUCUUGUCAUUCUUGCUAUACCAAUAUGCACUGUAGUCUUUUUUAGGUUCACACUCUUCAACGCAUUAGUACUCCAACAUGUUUCAUAUAAUUGUUUAUUGAUUUCUACUUGUUUGGCCAUAUUAUUAUCUCUAUCGAGUGAAGUGAUGAUGUUGUUGUUAUUUUUCUGUGAUCCUGGAUUUACGAGUGAUACAGAAGAUGAAAAUAGUCAUUACUGCCCUGUUUGUUGUUUGUAUGUUCGUGACUAUGAUCAUCAUUGUGGAAUUGUUGGUGCUUGUAUUGGAGAGAAAAACAUGGGGUUUUUUGUGUUUUUCUUGAUAACAGUUGCAUCUUUAAUGUGGAUCUGUGCAUUUUUUUCAGGUUUGCUAUGGUUUUUGUUAUUGAAAGAAACCACACCAGAGGGCUCUUUUAUCAAUAUGAUAAUGGUGAUGCUAAUAAAGGAAUGGUGGAUGUCAUCAUUAAUAAGACCUUUUGUUGCAAUUUCGUGUGUACUUUUCUGUUAUGGGGCUAUAUGUACGAGCGCUUUGGGAAUAUUUUAUUGGGUAUAUGUCUUUAGGGGACUCUACUCACUUGAACGGAGGCGUAGACCAUAUCAACGAGGUAAUGUUGGUGACGUUCUUAGACAUAUGUGUCAUGCUCAGCUAUCGGGUAAGAUCCUGGGAACUUUUACCCACGACGAAAUAUCUACUUAG